UAUUGUGCCAACUUCAUGUGGGGCCUCAUAGCCCAAGGGGUCCACUGCUCAGACUGUGGGCUGAACGUACACAAACAGUGUUCCAAGCUGGUGCCCAGCGACUGUCAGCCAGACCUGCGCAGGAUUAAGAAGGUGUUCAGCUGUGACCUCACUACCCUGGUCAAGGCCCACAACACCACACGGCCCAUGGUGGUGGACAUGUGUAUCAAGGAGAUAGAACUACGAGGUCUGCAGUCUGAGGGCCUCUACAGAGUGUCUGGCUUCUCAGAACACAUUGAGGACGUGAGGCUCGCCUUUGACCGAGAUGGCGAGAAGGCAGACAUCAGUGCCAAUGUGUACAACGACAUCAACAUCAUCGCUGGAGCUCUGAAGCUCUAUCUGAGAGACCUGCCCAUUCCAGUCAUCACAUUCCACGUGUACUCCAAAUUCAUACAAGCUGCAAAAAUGCCCAACCCAGACACCAGACUGGAGGCCAUCCAUGAGGGACUGCUGCUGCUCCCACCAGCCCACUACGAGACCCUACGCUACCUGAUGAUGCAUCUCAAGAAGGUCACCAUGUUUGAAAAGGACAAUUUCAUGAAUUCUGAGAACCUGGGGAUUGUGUUUGGUCCGACGUUAAUGCAGCCGCCUGAACAGAACGCCCUGGCCACUCUGAACGACAUGAGGCAUCAGAAACUCAUCAUACAGCUCCUGAUAGAGCAUGAAGACGUCUUGUUUUGAAGGACUGGAGCCCUGUCUGUUGCUGGGCAGGAUGGGCUGGAGCCCUGUCUGUUGCUGGGCAGGAUGGGCUGGAGCCCUGUCUGUUGCUGGGCAGGAUGGGCUGGAGCCCUGUCUGUUGCUGGGCAGGAUGGGCUGGAGCCCUGUCUGUUGCUGGGCAGGAUGGGCUGGAGCCCUGUCUGUUGCUGGGCAGGAUGGGCUGGAGCCCUGUCUGUUGCUGGGCAGGAUGGGCUGGAGCCCUGUCUGUUGCUGGGCAGGAUGGGCUGGAGCCCUGUCUGUUGCUGGGCAGGAUGGGCUGGAGCCCUGUCUGUUGCUGGGCAGGAUGGGCUGGAGCCCUGUCUGUUGCUGGGCAGGAUGGGCUGGAGCCCUGUCUGUUGCUGGGCAGGAUGGGCUGGAGCCCUGUCUGUUGCUGGGCAGGAUGGGCUGGAGCCCUGUCUGUUGCUGGGCAGGAAUAGGAUGUUUGAUUUAUUCCAUACCAGAGGAAUCUCAAGCCAUCAUGUCUGUCAUCAUAUGAAGUGUCAAAAUUCCCAAAUGUUUCUAUUGUGGUCAGAUUUGAGCUUCCAUUACUUCUCUCCCAUAAGCAUGAGUGUUGGAGUUGAGUCUGUGGUACGUCAGUCAGACAUCAUGUCUUGUUACAGUAAGGUCAAAGGUUGUCACAUCCUGCCAUAUUCUCCUUAAGAGGAACAAGGUACUGGAUACGUCUCAAAUGGCACCCUAUUUUCAUUACUUCUGAACAGGCCCCAUAGGGCUCUGGUUAACAGUAGUGUACACUAUAUAGUGAGUAGGGUGCCAUUUUAGAAAAAGCCAUUGAUUCCAACAUUUCCACACACCUUUCAUGGCGUCAAGUAGCCUAGCGGUAAGUGUUGGGCCAGUAAUCGAAGGUUGCUGGUUUGAAUACCCGAGCCGACAAGGUUAAAAAUCAGUCAAUGUGCCUUUGAGCAAGGCACUUAACCCUAAUUUGCUCCAGGGUCGCUGUACUACCAUGGCUGACCCUGUAAAACAACACAUUUCACUGCCCCUUUCCAGUGUCUGUGACAAUAAAAACGUUUGUUUUUAUGUUUCCAUAAAUCCAGCAUCAUCACACUAACACAUUCUUCUUGGUUGAUGUCUGUCUGUAUAGUGAUUGUCUGCUCAAGUGUGUUCGUUGUGUGCUUCUUGGUCAAUGAGUCUCAUGACUCAGUAACUGUGUGAUCCUGUAGGGUGAGAUAUGGAUGGAUGGUCUAUGUAUGAAGCACUGUGCUGAUCAAUUUAUUUUGUGAAGAUUUCUUUGUUUUCAGCAUCAUGUGCUUUUUUUCCCCCUGAAACUGAUAGGUUGUCAAGGAUCUGCGAUGUGUUCCAUUGUCAAAAUACAACAAAACCCUAAAGGAAUUGGUAAACAGAGUAGGUUAAACUUGUAAGGAAAUGCUUAGAAACCUAUUUUGAGUGGCACGGUUGAAGUUCCAUCUGCGACUGUUUGCUGGUACUAUAAAAAUAGGCUGAGUUAUAGUGUAUGGUUUGGUUUGGGUGAAAUGUGUGUGAGCCUAAAUGUUUACAGAACUUUUGAAUCAAACUUCUCAUUCUUUUAAAUUGACACAUGGAAUUAGUAAAGUAAUUAAUACAAUAUAUAUGUUAAUAUUCAUACUUUAGUGGAAUACCAUUGGGUAAUAUAUGUAUAUACAUAUACACACACUGAACAAAAAUAUUAACGCAGCAUACAACAAUUUCAACAGAAUUUACUGAGUUACAGUGCAAAUAAGGAAAUCAGUCGCAAUAACUGAAUUAGGCCCUUAUCUAUGGAUUUCAUAAGACUGGGUGGGCCUAAAUCCUCCCAGGCCUACCCAUGGGUGCUCCCCUGCCCAAUCAGAAUUAGUUUUUUUCCACACACAAGGGCUUUAUUACAGACAGCUGUCCGGGUGGCUGGUCUCAGACGAUCCCGCAGGUAAAGAAGCCGGAUGUGGAGGUCCUGGGCUGGCGCGGUUACACGUGGUUGUGAGGCCAGUUGGACAUACUGCCAAAUUCUAUAAAAUUAUGCCUGCUUAUGGUAGAGAAAUGAACAUUCAAUUCUCUGGUGGACAUUCCUGCAGUCAGCUUGCCAAUUGCACGCUCCCUCAAAACCUGCGACAUCUGUGGCAUUGUGUUGUGACAAAACUGCACAUUUUAGAGUGAACUUUUAUAGUCCCCAGCACAAGGUGCACCUGUGUAAUGAUCAUGCUGUUUAACCAGCUUCUUGAUAUGCCACACCUGUCUGGUGGUUGGAUUACCCUGGCAAAGGAAAAAUACUCACAGGGAUGUAAAUAAAUGUGUGCACAACAUUUUAGAUAAAUAAGCUUUUUGUCUGUAUGGAACAUUUCUGGGAUCUUAUUUCAGCUCAUGAAACCAACACUUUACAUGUUGCGUUUAUAUUUGUGUUCAGUAAUAGCUACUCGUAGACUGCCAAACAUCUAGUAUGGGUAAGGACUAGACCUCGUAGUGUUCUGCCACUAUUUGACACAUACUAAAGUCAGGAAACAUAAAGUGUAAAUGUUCAGACUAUAAAACUGCCUGGAGCAGCUAUAGGUGUUGUGGAGCUCGCCUUCUCCAAAUAACGUCAUGGCGACAGAGUUUACACAUUCUCUGUUUUCCAUUAUUGAUAAUAAUUGAAAUCCUUUCUACGAAUCCAUUUUAUUAAAAGUAUUUUUGUGAUGGGUGCAAUUAAGAUUGUAAUUGAUCAAAUGCUGAUUUAUUAAAAGGAUGUAAAAUGGCA